AUCGUUUCUCUGGUUAAUUUUUGAGGUUAUAUUGUCACAAUAGAUUUUGAAAUAAUUUUUCACCAAAAUAGCAGCUAAAAGGGUGAAUCAACAUGUCGGUCCUGGAAUAUCCAGAAAACUCUCCCUCGAACAUAACCUCAAAUUAUGGCUUGAUAAACCACUUUAGAAGUCACAGCUCAUCUCCGCUACGUUUCAACUGUGAAAAUAGCAAGGUGGAAAGCUACAAGUGCAAAGACUGCAAUUUCCAGACAAAACUAACCCUUUUUUUCAAAGAACACCACGCUAUAAAAAAAGAACAAAAAGAAUACACCACACAGAAGUACGUUUGUGACAAAUGCUUUUUUGAAACAUACUUUUCACUCAAAUGGUUACAACACACUGUAGAGUGUUUGGAAAAUCGUCAAAUGAGAAAGUUGUUUCCGCUGUAUAAGUGUCCAUGUGGUCGCAAAUACAAAAGAAAACAGUCUUUAAACAAACACAAAAUUUUGAAACACCCUGAUGGAAACUCAGUAGUGUGGUACCACUGUGCCCAAUGCCCAUACAAAGCUAAACAAAAAGGUCACUUAAAAACCCACAUAUACAACCAGCAUAUGGACAUUCAAAACAUUAAGUGGUUUGAAUGCGAAAAAUGCCCAUUCAGAGCCAAACUCAAAGGAAACUUAAAAAACCACGUAGUGGCUCGACAUACCACCGAGCACGAUAUUAAAUGGUACGAAUGUGCAGAGUGCCCCUACAAAACCAAACAAAAACACCACCUAAAAAGCCACUUCAAUGCUUAUCAUUUAGAUGAACGCUACAUUAAAUGGUACAAAUGUGACAAAUGCCUCUACAAAUCCAAAAAAAAAUCCGGCUUGAAAGUGCACAUAAACGUGUCACAUUUAGACGAAACAGAGAUUAAAUGGUUUAAAUGCGACAGAUGUGACUAUAAAGGUAAAAACAAAUCGUAUUUGCAAAAGCAUAUAAUCGCGCGACAUUUCGACGAUAAAGAUAUUAAAUGGUACGAAUGUGAAAAGUGCCCGUAUAAAGCAAAACUUAAAGCAACUUUGAAGGAUCACACGACCGCGAAACACUCAGACGGGCGCGAGAUUAAGUGGUACGAAUGUGCCAAGUGCUCGUUUAAAGCUAAGCAGAAGGGGAAUUUAAAAAGUCACAUAACCGCGUACCACUUGGACGAAAACGAGAUUAAGUGGUUUCAGUGUGAAAAGUGCAACUUUAAAGCUAAGAAGAAAUUUAAUUUGAAGAAGCACAUGAUUGUGUGGCAUUUGGGGGAUGAAGAUGUUAAAUGGUUCGAGUGUGAAAGGUGUCCGUUCAGAUCUAAACAUAAAUCGUCUUUUAAUAGACACGUCAAUGUGCAUCAAAUCAAUGAAUAA